ACAUGGCCACACAGAUCAUUUAGAACAAAAACAACACUACAAUGUCUUCUCGUUCUACUCGGCUCACCAUUCUCCACCUGUCUGUGCUGCUCGCUUUCAUCGUAGCUCCACGAAGAUCAGAGGGGCAACUUGAGGAGUGGUGCAUAGCUGAUGAGCAAGUGCCGGAUGAUGAGCUGCAAAGAGCUCUUGAUUGGGCUUGUGGGAAAGGAGGAGCGGAUUGUGGUGAUAUUCAAGUGAAGCGUCCUUGUUUUUACCCAAACACUGUUAGGGAUCAUGCUUCUUAUGCUUUUAAUAGUUACUAUCAAAAGUUUAAGCAUAAGGGUGCCUCUUGCUUCUUCAAUUCCGCUGCCAUGGUCACCGCUCUCGAUCCUAGUCAUGGUUCGUGCAAGUUUGAGUAUGUACCUUGAAGAAGGGCAUGACUUAAUCAUCGAAGAGGCUUCCAAUUAUAACUUGAGUAUUCAACGCUUUUGAUAUGGAUGAAGAUAUUUCAAUCAUAUAAUAUGAACUAUAGAUGGUUACAAAUUUUGAAUGAAUGAUAGUUUAGAGUUAUGAUGUUUCGUUAAUGUGUUUUAAAAUCUUUAUGUUACUUGAUUUGCAAAAUUUGAAGUGUACUGAUCAAAUUUUAAUAUAAUGAUUUUGAGUGUUUUUGUUUUAU